CCCUGGGUCUCUGCCGCAGCUCCGGCUGUGUCAGUGCGGUGGUCCUCAUCCCGCUCCCCAUCUCUGCCCGGGGUCUAACCCCGCCCCCAGGCACUCAUUGGCCUGCACAACGCCCCCCCCCCUCCCAGCCUGCUCGGUCCUCUGGGGAGGCGGUGGUCUGUCGCCUCCCUCAGCUCCGGGCCUGGCUGCGCAGCAGAGGCGGCGCCUCUCCGGCAGGACAGAGCUGGCCGCGCUAAGCGGGUCGGGCGAAAGCAGACGAGGGGCUCCUGGCUCCCAUCCCCGGCAGUGACUGACGGCCGCUCUGGACCAGCGUGGUCCCCGUGUGCACAUACGCAAACGCCGCGGCGCAGGAACACACAGACCCAGCUGCUCGCGGCCACAAGCACUCAGAGACCAGGCUCAGCGCGCGCUCCGCGGCUCACUCGCUCUAGCCAGUGCAGCUCCGGGCGGGCACGGAUUCGCGGGCUGCACGCCCUCCUUCCCUCCUGCACCUUCCGUCCCGGCACCCUGCAGCCGGCACGACCCUGGGACAAGCAGCCUGUGGACAGUGCUGCUGAUUCUCCACUGCUGGGAGCAGCAGCCAGAGCCGAGGCCGGGCCGGAAGCACCAUGGCCAGAGCCCUGCCGUGCUCCCUGACUGCUCUCCUCCUGCUGCCCGUGGCGAUUGCUAUGCACUCUGAUUGCAUCUUCAAGAAGGAGCAAGCCAUGUGCCUGGAGAGGAUCCAGAGGGCCAAUGACCUGAUGGGCCUAAAUGAGUCUUCCCCAGGUUGUCCUGGCAUGUGGGACAAUAUCACAUGUUGGAAGCCUGCUCAAAUAGGCGAGAUGGUCCUUGUAAGCUGCCCCGAUGUCUUCCGGAUCUUCAACCCAGACCAAGUCUGGAUGACAGAAACCAUAGGGGAUUCUGGUUUUGCUGAUAGCAAUUCCUUGGAAAUCACAGACAUGGGGGUCGUGGGCCGGAACUGCACAGAGGAUGGCUGGUCAGAACCCUUUCCCCAUUACUUCGAUGCUUGUGGGUUUGAUGACUAUGAGCCUGAGUCUGGGGAUCAGGAUUAUUACUACCUGUCGGUGAAGGCCCUCUACACAGUCGGCUACAGCACGUCCCUCGUCACCCUCACCACUGCCAUGGUCAUCUUGUGCCGCUUCCGGAAACUACACUGCACUCGCAACUUCAUCCACAUGAACCUGUUCGUGUCCUUCAUGUUGAGAGCCAUCUCUGUCUUCAUCAAAGACUGGAUUUUGUAUGCCGAGCAGGACAGCAGCCACUGCUUCGUCUCCACCGUGGAAUGCAAAGCUGUCAUGGUUUUCUUCCACUACUGCGUGGUGUCCAACUACUUCUGGCUGUUCAUUGAAGGCCUGUACCUCUUCACACUGCUGGUGGAGACUUUCUUCCCCGAGAGGAGAUACUUCUACUGGUACACCAUUAUUGGCUGGGGGACCCCUACUGUGUGUGUGACUGUGUGGGCUGUGCUGAGGCUCUACUUCGAUGAUGCAGGCUGCUGGGAUAUGAACGACAGCACGGCCCUGUGGUGGGUCAUCAAAGGCCCUGUGGUUGGUUCUAUAAUGGUGAACUUUGUGCUUUUCAUCGGCAUCAUCAUCAUCCUGGUACAGAAGCUGCAGUCCCCAGACAUGGGAGGCAAUGAGUCCAGCAUCUACUUCAGCUGCGUGCAGAAAUGCUACUGCAAGCCACAGCGGGCUCAGCAGCACUCUUGCAAGAUGUCAGAACUAUCCACCAUUACUCUACGGCUGGCUCGCUCCACCCUGCUGCUCAUCCCACUUUUCGGAAUCCACUACACAGUAUUCGCCUUCUCUCCAGAGAACGUCAGCAAGAGGGAAAGACUCGUGUUUGAGCUUGGGCUGGGCUCCUUUCAGGGCUUUGUGGUGGCCGUACUCUACUGCUUCUUGAAUGGGGAGGUACAGGCAGAGAUUAAGAGGAAGUGGAGGAGCUGGAAGGUGAACCGUUACUUCACUAUGGACUUCAAGCACCGGCACCCGUCCCUGGCCAGCAGUGGAGUGAAUGGAGGGACCCAGCUGUCCAUUCUGAGCAAGAGCAGCUCCCAGCUCCGCAUGUCCAGUCUCCCAGCUGACAACUUGGCCACCUGAGCCCUGUCUCCCUUCUGUACAGGCUAGGGCUGCAGGCCAGUGCCUGCGCUUGUUUGUGCCUCUUCCCUCUCCUUGGGCAGGCCCUGGGUAGGAAGCUGGACUCCUCCCCAAGGGGGGAAGAGAGAGAUAGGGUGUAGGCUGAUAUUGCUCCUCCUGUUUGGGUCCCACCUACUGCAGUUCAUUGAGCCCAAUCUGACAUGUAAAUACACCUCAAAUUUGGAAAAUUGCCCCAUCUCUCCCCCCAAUCCAUGCCUCUGCUCAUCUCUGCCAGGUUCCAGCUUGACCUACUAUGUCAAGGCCAGCCUCAGUGAUGGCCUGAUCCCAGAUACAAGGCCUUGUGAGCUGAGGCUGAAACAUGCCUGUCUUGUUGAGGCUGGGGUAGUGCCUACCCCAGAAGCUUUUCACUAAAUUGACUUUGGAUGUGGACCCCUUCUCAGCCUGUUCCGAGUCCUGAAGCUGACCAGAGAUGCAGUGCAGUGGCCAGAACCUUCUUUGAAGUGAGUCAAGCUGAGGCUCCUUUUGCUUACCCGACAUCUAGGAUAUCCGGGUGCUCAGCUCCCGUGUGCCUGGAUGAUGGGAGAGCUACAGAGCUCUUUCAAAGGUUGGGGUGGGGGUGAGGGUCAGGGAAAGUUCUGGUGCUUUUCAUUUGAUCUAAGAGCUGAGAGCUAGAGAUGCAGAUGCAUUUGGGAAAGAGAUGAGCUAGCUGAAGUUCUUACCAUGUCCACGGCUAUACCCUGACUCAAGACUUGAUCAUGUGGUAGCUUUAUUUCUACCCUUCUUGCCCACGAUGAACAGUCGGAAGAAGCCGUUCUCCAGCCAUGCCAACCACAGAGAGCCUCUAGCUCUCUCCUCUCUCAAUUUCCCCUGAAAUCAAAGCCAUGUCUAGAAUGAGCCAGCCACCUUGCAGUGAUAUCAAUGAGUUUUGAAGCAACUUUCAAUUUCCAGGGCUCCCCACAGCCCUACCUUUCCUGAUGACAAGAACGGUAGAUGCCGCCCCCAGCCUCAACUCCAUUACUAAACUCAGAUGUUGGCAAGACUUGCCCCAUGUGCCCUUGACAUUUGAAUCGCCUGUGGGCCUCUUAGGGUGUUUGGAGGGGAUGCUGUGUCUGUGGUGCGCAUGAGCAGAAGCUGCUGAUGGGAGGAGUGUUGGCUCUCUCAUGCCCAUCCUGGCUCCCCAGCUGUAUGUUGCACAGCCAUAACCUAAGGCUUUAAAAUAAGGCCAGAUGUGGAAAGACAGAGGGGAGAAUGUAGUGCCAUGGAACCACGUGGCUCAGCUCUUUCCACGUGGAUGCUUGUUUUUGUCCCUGCCUCUGUGGACUUGUUUAUGGCCAUGCUGUGGAAUGCAUGGGGAGCAUGGGAAGCCUCUUUGCUUGCUGUUGUAUUAAGUAGAAGGAGUGAUGGGAGAUUUGAGACCAUGCUGCUGGAGGGGCUGUUAGAAAGCCUGGAGAAGGUUCUAGAUGAUACGAUGUAGACAUGAGCUCUGUGUUCUUGACCACUGAGUUCAGGUUUUGGGUCUCUGGUAAAUCCAGAAGGGAAAAGCACCUCCUGGCUCCUUCCCAGAAACAUUAGGGGCUUGGACCAGCCACUGGGUGUACAUUGACCCUUUACCCUGCACCUUAUCUCCCUUCCAAUCCCGUCUCCGGUUCUGAGAGCAAGGUUAUCAGCCACACAAGAGUCAGUUGAUCACCCUGCACUUUGGACAAGGCUAGGGAGCCUGAGCUAUUUAGAAGAAGCCACGGUUUGGGAUUUCCACUGGUUUAGAACAUUGUGGCUGUGAGCACGUCUGUGCUGUGCUAGACCUAAGCAUCCUUGAUUGCGAAAUGAGUUUUUUUUUUUUAGUGCGUCUCCAGGUUCUGUAUUAGUUAAAAAACCGAGGCAGGUAAAUGGACACAUACUCUUGUGUAUAUCAUCCGAGGGGUGUGCGCCCACAUGUGUGAACACAUGUGCAUGUGUGUGGACGCAUGUGCAUGUAUGUAGAUGCAUGUGCAUGUGUGUGGUAAGAGGAAUGUCGUUCUGUUUGUUUUCCCAUUUGGAUAACACAGUGCAAGUGUGCAUAACAGAGCGAAGCUCAGGCCAUGGUCAUUUGAAUAGGGCCUCAGAUUCUGGGCGGAGCUAGCCUUGUAGGCCUGGCAGGGACAGGUUGCCCAUGGCACCCUCCAUCCAAAGUGCAGCUCCUGGCCUAUGGACCCCGUUCAUUUGUCAUCACCCCCCCCCCAUCCGUGGGUCUGCUUCACUGUGGAAGAAGAAACUGUGACUUUCUAGUUGCUUCACUGCAAAACAGCAAAAACCAGAUCAACCCUGAGCCCUUGCUGCUUCCUGAGCCCCCGCUGCUGCUUCCUGAGCCCUGGAGCCUGAGUCCUCCUAGAAAUUCCAGGUUCCUGUUGCUUUGUUUGUCUGUCUGAAAGAUUAUUAUCCAGAUGAUUAGUUUGCUGGUCUUGUGAGCAGAUGUACCCGAAGGAUUCUGCAUGUUCUGGGAGGGUCUGGCUCUCAGGCCUCAGACAGUGAAGGGAUAGCGUAAGGCUGGGUGCUGGGUUAAACCCUUCCCCCUUGACCCUCUUUCCAUCUAUAGUGCAAGCAAUAAGACUUACUGAUCUGUGUGUAGCCCAGUGUACCUCUGGGGUUCUGUCUAAACACCAACCAUCUUCUCUUGGAAUGGAUCCCAGGCAAGGCUUGCAGCAAUGCAGCCUGGAUCCAGAGAAGGGGAAAUGGUUGAGAAAUCCUGUGUGGGAGGUGAAAAGGGCUCCAUGGACUUAGAAACUCUGAGGUAGUAACCGAGUAGAUCCAAGAGGCACCCAGCCUGUACAGGAUCAUUCCUGGGAAGUAGAAUCUUGUUCUAUGAAACCCCAGAGGCCAAAUCUCAUGGACCACAUAGUAUAGGGGACAAGACAUCCUUGUCUUGUCCUGUCUCCUGUCAUGAUUGUCCUGCUUCAGGGUGAGCAGGGUAUGCCAGCAAAGGGUCUAGUUCUCACAAAAUGAUAUUCUACAUCAGGCAGGCUUAGGCUGCCAAGCAGUCAGAGGGAUUGGAGAUGCUGCACCUUUGAGUCUCAGCCUCCAUUUUCGGGGUGCAGUGAUGAGGUCCUCCUUGACAUGCUCAGGAGCCCUCCAUGAGUCCCCUCCUAACCCCAUCUUCCCUGAACUGAUUUCUCUGUGGACAGUGAUGGGAACCUUGACCAGGGUCCAGUGCUGAGAAUAACCCUGUCCCUGUUGCUCAACACUGGGACCUCUUCUGUUUGCUCUGUACUCUCUUUUCCUUGGGGGGAAAGCUGUGCGAGCCUCUUUAAUUCAUUGUGUACCUUUUGUCCCAUACAAAGAGAAGGUAGCAAGUCCUGUGAUAUUACAAAUUCCAUUUGAGCCUACUGAGCCUGGAAACCAGCUAGAAGAGCCUUGAGCAGGAAGCCUGGGACUUGGGGCUUCCCAGCUUUGCCACUCACCUGCUGUUUGACCUUGACUCAUCCCUUUAAGGGGAAGCUCAAAGACUAUUAGAGCUGGAAGAGACUUGGAUAUCUGAAGGCAAACCUUCUCCGUGGGCUCAUGAAGAAACAGGUGGACCUAGUGUGUUUUUGAAUGAGAAAGUGGCUCUACCAGUAUUGCACAACCCUGCAUGUGAUCCAGAUGGAACACUCCAAGCAGCCGUAGGAUACAAUGUACCACUUGCAGGAGUGGCUGCACCUGCAGGAAGUCCACGGGUCCAUGAUUCAACACAGAAGAAGCAAUGGAGUCGGUGUGGUAGAAGGAUUACCUGCAGCAAACCUAACCCUCUCCAUCUGUUCUGGGACUCCACACUUUACCCUCAACCCCUAACCUGCAUCGGUGUGGCCAUGGUUGCAUCAUCAUCUGCCCCCUAGCUAGGGAGGAGGUAGAAAUGACAUGCUCCCUGUCGGUUUACAAGCUCUGAAAACAACACAGCUGUGUGCUCAUUCUUAGGGUGAAGACCCCUGAAAGGUAUCCCCUUGCCACCAGCCGACUGCUUUGACCCCCUUGGGUUAACCGUUACCCUACCGAGGGCGAGGGCAAGGACACAGGGCUCGGGUGGACACCGAAUUCCAGCUUUAUCCCCAUCACUUUGUUCAGUUUGCUUUGAAGGUCGGGAUGGGAGAACUCUAUGAGUGCUGGACCUCUGUGCCAUCUGCCUAGGAACCCUUCAAAGGCGUGGGACAUUCCUCUAGUGGGGCCAAUGCCCAUUCUUUCUCCUGUCCCUGAACUCUGGGUCCUGUGGUUUGUCUGUACUCAGCCAUGUGCGUUUUUGUCUGCUGUCUGUCUUCUGAGGCUUUGCGUCUGUCAGGGCUGGGGUGGUUCAGCCCUGGGUACCCCAGACGUGGCUCCAGGCUCAUUCAUGGGAGCUGGACCAGCCUGGGUUUAAUUUCCCACAAUAAAGAUAAAUCCCACGGACCUCACUGCUACCGCUGCCUCCAUUAAUGCUGUGCUCACACCCUGUCUGGGAUUUGAAGGAUGUCAUACUGCUGUAGAUGAUCAAUAAAAUGUCUUAUCAUUUUC